AUGUCGAAAGAGCUAGAAGGCGUGAAAAAGAAGCGACGUUUUAUGAGGAAGUCGGUGACGGACAGUUUAAAGUUGAUUGAUGAAGCGCUUGCAGAGGAAAAUAGUCAUGCUAGAGUUCAGGUACUGAAAGAUAAUAUUUUAAGUAAAUGGAAUGAUUUAACAGAGGUACAAGCCUCGCUUUCUAUAUAUUUGGAAGACAGUGAAAUUGAUAGUGAAUGUGCAGCACACAAUGAGUAUGAAAUGAGAGUUAUGGACUAUAUGGCUAGAAUGACAAAGUAUUUAAGUGUUAAUACACAUGCUGAGAACAGCAAUGGGUCUAACGAGAGUGGGUCAAGUUUGGGGUCCACAUGUAAAGUUCAAGUUAGACUGCCAAAGAUUGAAUUACCAACAUUUGAUGGGGAUAUAUUAUGUUGGCAGUCAUACUAUCAGUCUGUUAAAGUGUCCAUUGUGGAUAAUAGUGCUUUAGCUGAUGUGCAAAAACUAGAGUACAUUAUGCGAUCACUGAAGGGUGUAGCUGCUGAGUCGGUUAAGGGAUUUUCAAUAGUGGCUGAGAAUUAUGAAUCUGUUUUGUCAACUCUGAAGGAAAGAUUUGGUCAUUCAAGGUUGAUCUUGGAUGCGCAUAUGAGGGGUUUGAUCCAUUUACCCAGAUUGAGUGCUGAAGAUGCAACAUCUAUGAGGGUGUUUUAUGAUAAAGUAGUCGGGCAUGUUCGCUCGGUUGAGUCAAUGGGAGAGAAGUAUAGCUCUGAAACCUUGGCACCAGUAUUGGUUCCUUUGAUUGUUGAUAAGCUACCAAAAAAAACUUGUGGAAAAGUGGGAGCUUGA